AAACCCAAGCAUUCUAGAGAUAUGGGAGUCGUAAAGGAAGGGUGUUAUCUUCUCUUUCCCUUUUUCACACUUGAAGUGAUUCUUUUCCUCUCUCACCCAUUGCUUCCUCUCGCAGUCCAUUCCCAGUGCUCCAGAAACCCCGUUAUCUUCAACUUCGGCGACUCUAACUCCGACACAGGUGGCUAUGUAGAUGGCUUGGGACUCGACUUUGUGCCUCCCAACGGCCGUACCUAUUUCCAUAAGCCAGCCGGUCGUUUAUCCGAUGGACGAUUGAUGAUUGAUUUCCUCUGUGAAAGCUUGAACACUGGUUAUCUGACUCCAUAUCUGAAUUCUUUGGGGCCAAAUUUCACAAACGGAGCCAACUUUGCAGUCAUUGGGUCCUCCACUCUGCCUAGAUAUGUCCCUUUCAGUUUGUACGUCCAAGUUUCUCAGUUUCUCCGAUUCAGAUCUCGCUCCCCGGCACUCAUGCCCAACGGCUACAAAGAAUUGGUUGGCGAUGGUGAGUUUGAAAAUGCACUUUAUACAAUUUAUAUUGGACAGAAUGACUUAGCUGCAUCAUUUGAUUCCCUCACCUAUUCACAAGUCAUUGAUAAAAUCCCUUCUUUCAUAACCGUAAUCAAAUAUGCUAUUUGGAGUAUAUAUGGGAGAGGAGGGAAGAAUUUCUGGGUACACAACACCGGACCACUCGGAUGUUUGCCUCAAAAACUCGCUUCCUUUCCUCGAAGUGCCAGUGAACUCGAUGAGCACGGCUGCUUUAUGCCUCUCAACAAUGCCGCUAAAGCAUUUAAUGCACAGCUUCAUACUUUAUGUGAACAACUGAAUUCUCAACUGAUUAAUGCCACCAUUGUCUAUGUCGAUAUUUAUUCCAUCAAGUAUGACCUGAUCGCCAAUGCCUCGAAUUACGGAAUGGUCUCGCCUGACAGGUUUUGCGAGUCCAUUAAUGGCAUGUUGUGGCUAUGGGGGUCCUCCGUACAACUACAACGCCAAUAUCACUUGCGGUCGAACCGGAUACUUGGCAUGUGUGGCUAUGGGGGUCCUCCGUACAACUACAACGCCAAUAUCACUUGCGGUCGAACCGGAUACUCCGUCUGCCAUGAAGGAUCAAAGCUUGUAAGCUCGGAUGGUGUUCACUACACCGAAGCCGCCAAUGCCGUCUUCGCUUCCAAGAUUCUUUCUUCCAAUUACUCCACUCCUCGAGUUAACUUCAACUUCUUCUGUAAUAAAAUGUGA